AUGCUGCAGACCCCUCAAGGCCUCAACGCUCAGUUCUCCGUUCCCCCGCCCAGUACCCCUUCUUCCGCGACCACAAUCCUCAAGAUGGAUCCAGCUCCGGACAUCCAGAACCGUCAACGCCAGAACACCCUCCUGACCGCACGCGACGUGGCAAGAGCCAUGCGUGACGACGACGUAUAUGCAGUCGUCGGAGGAGCGGCGUGCUUGAUAUUCGGCAGCACUCGGUUGACUACCGACGUCGACAUUGUCGUCCUCAAGGCACCGUCAAAGAGUUGCGGUCUCGGCUUCGAGACUCCGCAAACUUCAUCGUCGAACCCAGAACCCUACACACCGAGCAUUUGUCCAAGUACCCCAGUCGUCGUCGUCGACGGCGUUAAGGUCCUCGCUCCGGUACCCCUCCUGGACUGCAAGUGCUACUCAGUUACGGGCCGCACCAUCGAGGGAAAGAAACUCAGCGACACCACUGACAUCAAGUUCCUGCUUCAAUACUGCGCCCGCAAUAGCAUACAGCUCCAGGCGGCUGCCUUGAAAUUCCUCGACGCCGAAUUAGUUGAACUCCUCGUGAACGACUACCGAUUCCGGAGCAGUCUUUUAUUGACGUAG